AUGGCUGCCGGCACUUGUCAGAGGUUAAUCAGGUAGCAUGGCAUUAUCUCAGCGUCAGUUCAGUCUGGUUUAGAAGUGCAAAUCAGAAGCCAUCAAUACUGGUUUACCAAGAAAUGUCAAGAAACUUGAAAAGCAGAUAUUCUUAUUUAAAGUGCGUCUAUAUUUCUACUGCUGCAAUUAAAAUAUUAUUUUUGUUUUUUUAAAAUAAUUUUUAUCAAUAAAGCGCCAACAUGUCCCACAGUGCUGUUCAGUAGUUAGUAGACACAUCCAUUUGGUUUUAAAUGAAUUGCAAUUCGAAUUUUAGGCAACUGGAAAUUUGUUGCAAUCCUGAAUAAUUACAACUUUUGAGGCCUAAAAUGUGAAAAUUGGAGUGGAGCUUGAAAGCCAACUGUGUAAGAUGCAGGCUGGAUGAACUUCUCAACAGAAAGCCAUAAAUAAGCGAAUAUUCAGUGUUUUGUCAUUAUCUAUUGCUAUGUAUUUGUUAAUAUUACUUGGAGACACUUUAAUCCUCAGGCAAAUUAUUUUAGACUCUCCAACAUUUUUCCAUUUUUAACUGCGGCCUGCUGGCCAGUCGGGAAGGCAACCGAUUUCCAACUCCUGACAAGCCUUGCAUUGUUGGAAUCCAUGCCCCCCAUUCCCCUUUGACAUGUUUUGUACGAAGUAUGUGUGAGUAAAUGUAGGGGUGUGUUUGCAUGUAGUGUUGGCAUUUAAAUGCCAACAUGCCUUUUUGGUAUAGUGUGGUUUUUAAUAUGGUGGUGUGUUUUUAUGUAGUGUUGAUAUUUGGAUGCAGGGGUGUAUUUGUGUGUAGUGUUGGCACAUAUACACAUAUACUCAAAUAUACACACACUGUCACACAUGCAGAUACAUAGACACACAGGUAUAUGCAUGCAGAUACAUAGAAACACGGUCAUGCACAGAUACAGACAAACACGAACACACAUACAGAUAGAGACAGACAGAUACAAACACACAUAUAUACACACACUCACACACUUACAGACACACACUGAAACACAUAUACAGAGACACAUAGGCACAGGCACACAUACAGAUACACACACAUACAGAUACACUGACAUACAGAUACACUGACACACAGAUACAAGCACUGAGACACAGAUACAAACACAGCCACACAAACAUAUAUACAGACACACAGGUAUAAGUGUGUUUGUUUAUUGUAUGCAGUGUGUAUUUGUGUAGUGUAUGCACCUACCUUCCCCAAUACACCACUGCCUGUAUUCCCACUAAAAGAUCAUGUGUGCUGGCUGCCUCCCAGUGCUUGGGGAAAGACAUAUUCCUAUGUACAAUCCUUCGUACUUCCUGUUGUUGUCUACAGGAAAGUUUUGGACUAUAAAUUCUCAUUGACCGUGUGAGAUUGAUGAUAAUGAUUCAUUUUGCAUCUGGGUUUCCAUGCUCAAUGACAAACGGGGACAACAUUCUAUUACCCUACCAGAAAAGUGAGCAAGUUUAGCCCCAUUCCACACCAGUACCAUAGAUUCCUACUUUCCUAUCUAUGACAACAAGAGAUGGAUAGAUAAAUAGAUAGACAGACAGACAGACAGAUUUUAUAAAUAUCUAUAUUUUUUCUAAUUUUUUCAUUUAUCUUUUUUUUGCAGUUGACUUGUUAUUUGCUGAUUCUCCUGCCUCAAGCGAUUGUUUACAAGCGGAGAAGCUUUGCCUGGAGGACGAGCCGUGUAAUUCCAGUUACCAUGAUUUGAGGCACUGUUCACAUGUGAGUACAGCCGAACCAGUCAAUAAAACCCGAUGUCUUCAAGCAGAGGUGGCCCUGAAACAGUACCCCUUGGUGGGCUGCAAGUGCAAGCGCCGCAUGAAGAGAGAAGAGCACUGCUUGAACGUGUACUGGGCAGUAAACCCAGUUAAUGUACAAGGUGAGUGGUGAGUCCCUGUCCUCCGUUCAUGUUUCGAAUCACUUAUUGAUUUGUUAAUAUAGCUCAAACCAGUCCUGUCAUCAAACCAUUUUGAACGACUACCUCUACAAAUCUUAGCCAAAAUGAUAGAGGAACCAUUAUUCUUUGGGCUUGUAGAGUGAGCCCAUGAGCGGCAGGUGGGGGCCCCUAGUGAAAAUAGGGGGUGGAGAACCUAUUGUCCAGCCCCCUGGCCCCCACCCAUGAGUGGUGGGUGAGGGCCCUAAAUGAAAAUGGGCCUUAUUGUCCGUCCGUCCCCCCACUCAGCCCCAGGAUUGUAGAGUGUGGUUGGCCAGCUAUGUUGUGGACAUUGGUCCUAUUGUAUUUCUAUUGAGUAUCAGGGUUUGCACCACUGAACAACCCUAAAGAUUCUACUGUUGUGCUAUUGGUUUUUUUUUUCUUGGGGGACAUGCUGUGUUUCACCUGCUCCAUACACCACCACCAAUAGGAAUCUGUUUAUGCUAAAUCUUUGAUUGCAUUUGGGCGUUAGGAUUUAGGAACUGGCGUUUAGAAGUUAAGAGAACCGAGUUUGGUUGAAGGACUAAGAAAAAAAAUAUAUAUAUACUUUUUAUGUUACCUGAAUUACCCCACAUCCUAAAUACUAAAAUUAUUACGAAGAAAACCCCAAAGCCAAACGAACAUAAACAAAACCUUGAAGGCAAAAUAAAGAUGGAUUUUUCUGACAAUCUGAAUGGAGCACUUUUUCAUGUUUUUACUAAUAUGUUUGUUCUUGUUUUUAUUUUUUUAUCCAAUUAUUUUGUCUCUAAGUCACAGUUUCACUUAAACUACAAUAAAUGUGGUUAUAAAUCAGUCUGUGUAAGUAAGAUACAUUGUUCUUGCUCUAAAUCACAUUUUAGCUGUAUAAUUUUUUUAUUAGAAUGUCAAGUAACAUUGUUCAGAGCCACACUCCCGUUCACACUCCUAAAAUUUAGGGUCCCUUGUUAUCUGUUCUCCAGUGAGAAUUCCAAGUGAAUUUCAAAUUUAAGGUCAAAAUAGCCAAACUGGAAAAUUUAUCUAAGUCAGCCAUGCUUCCAGUUCAGCUACUCUGGCCUUUAAUUUGAAAUUUACUUUGAAUUCUCACUUUAUUGAAUAACCCUGUAAAGUAGUUUUUGCUGCUGCCCUAGUUAGUUGUGUAAACCUUACAUAUUCACUGUUCAUUGUGAUGGUUAUUUUGUGGUUGUUCACUAAAGUAAGAAUUGUCAGGAAUUCAAAGUGAAUUUACAUUCCUCCCCCCAAAAAAUAGCAGAAACAGAAAAAUCCAUAAUAGCUAUGUUUUCAGUUUGGCCAUUUUGGGUUAAAGAGACACUUUAGGCACCCAAACCACUUCAGCUUCUUGAAGUGGUCUGGGUGGUGCAUAGUCCCAGGUCCCUUAACCCUCCAAAGGUAAUUAUUGCAGUUUUUAAUGAUUUUUUGUCUUACUAAAUAAAGUAAAAUAUCACUUGCAUGCAAAUCUGCAGCUCCUGCCUCUGCCCCUGAUCUGCUUCCUGUCUGCUGACAUCAUCAGAAGUUGUGGUCAGAGCCAAUCACAAUUCUUCCCUAUAAGAUUGGCUGAGACUGUCAAGGAGGCAGAUCAGGGGCAGAUCCAGCACAAGUCAAACACAGCCCUGGUCAAUCAGCAUCUCCUCAUAGAGAUGCAUUGAAUAAAUGCAUUCUAUGGGGAAAGUUCAGUGUCUGCAUGCAGAGGAUUGAGACACUGAAUGGCAGUGCUGCACAGUGUGCAGCCGUGCCCCAGGAAGCACCUCUAGUAGCCAUCUGAGGAGUGGCCAGUGGAGGUGUCCCUAGGCUGUAAUGUAAACACUGCAUUUUCUCUGAAAAGACAGUGUUUACAGCAAAAAGGCUGAAGGGACUAAUUCUACUCACCAGAAAAAAUGCAAUGAGCUGUAGUUGUUCUGGUGACUAUAGUGUCCCUUUAAGUGUUACAACAUUGCUAUUCUGCUAACUAGAAAUUAGUAUUAAAUCAAUAAUAACACAUUUUAUUUGGAAUUACAACAUCCCUUAAAAAUUCUCAGUGUAUAUGAUGAUGCUUACGAAACAGGUAUGAACUCGCUGCAAGCACUGAUAAUUGGAUUCAUAGUAUAAACAAAAUUAAAUAGUGUAUCUCAUGAAGCAGAAAUAUAAAUGAAUGCAGUUAAAUGCAGAAGUUUGCCCUCACUAAAAGUUGAUGUAACAUGGGAGGUUUCAUUUAUCCUAAAUAAACUUUUAAUAAAUUAACCAUAAGGGGUGUUUAAUUCAUUCUAUAGCCCCAGGAGUAUUGCCUCUGCCUCUGCCUUUAACCCCUUAAGGACCAAACUUUUGGAAUAAAAGGGAAUCAUGACAUGUCACACAUGUCCUGUGUCCUUAAGGGGUUAAAGAAACACUCCAAGCACCAUAAGCACUAUAAUUAGCUGAAGUGGUUUUGGUGCCAGGAGUGCCCUGGCUACCACCAUAUUUUUUCUAACAAUUUGACUUCCAACUUGGGGUCCAACAGGAGUCACUUCCUGCUGUCAUUAGUAAUGCUGAAAUACCUUGCUUAGCUGAUUGGCUGAGAAUGAUCCACUGAUGCUAUGGAAUGUUAGGUUACAAAAACAGAAACAACAGCUAGCGCUGACCAAGUUCUUCAGCAUCCACAUGCAGCCUACCCUUUCUUUUCCUGAUAGUAAGGAGUGAAGUUGUGAAGAUUAUAUAACUAAAAGAGGGGGAAUUGCCACAAAAUACCCCCCUUCCCCCCAAAAAAACAGUUGAAAAUUGUGUGCUGUAGUCUAUGACUCAUUUUGAAGACUUUGCCUUUUGAACCAAGAAAUUACCUGAGUUUAUUAAACAACUUUAUUUUUUUUCAAUUUGACAAUUUUUAUUGGGUUUUUUUUUUGGUUUGCGUGGGGUACAGAAGAAAGAAGGGAUAGGGUUGUAGCAUCAUCACCAUCGUACAGUUCCCAUCAGUAUAUUACAUUGUUGUACAUGCUUGCCUAACAAUAAACAAUGAACAACCUGGUUUAUCUAGAAACAACCAUAGUAACCAUCAUCGUUAAUCGCCUUCCGGCGAGAUUUGUGUCAGAUCCUGCCAUCUAUCUAAUGUUGUUUGCGUGAUUUGGUCCGUCUUUCUGCCUCGGUUGUCUAUGCUGCCCCUUGUUCUGGGACUUCUUUGGUCUCGGUGCUCCUAGGAGCGCACCUGGUGAGUGCAGUGAGGUUGCUGCUAGGGGGGGGAGGUGGUUAGAUAGGGGGGGGGGGGGGAAUGGGGGGGGAUUUGUUAUUUUCCCUGGCUAGCCCCAGAAGAGUUCUCUGUCAAGUCUCGUGAGCCCUGAGGCUUCUUGGUUCUUUUGUGCGCCUGUUGUGUGGUACCAGUACUGCAACAUGCUAUCUGGCGGCUAGCGGAUGUUCUAUCUGUCUCCUUUUGUUAAUAUUGGGUUUCAACUAACUCAACUAUGUACAGUGUGGGUGUCCUCUCCCUUAGUCCUGUCCUGUCCUUUAAGGGUUGUGUGUGCCCUUCCUUAUAUAGCUGUGGCCGCCUCCCUUGCUGCUGAAUCUCUGCUGUCUGCUAUUGUGUUGCUAACUGGUUCCUACCCCUGCUUUCCUUGUCGUGUCUCGCUAGGAAAUUUUCCCACUUCUGUUUGGCUCCCGUCCUAUAUUCCUGUAUUGUGAGUCCUGUGUGUAUCCUUGUCUCGUAGUCUAUGUUCGUUGUGAUUUGUUGGAUCACUGCGUCUAUGCUCGGGGUUUCUGUCUGUUUCCACGCUUUUGCUAUGUGUAAGUUUGCUGCGAUUAGGAUGUGGAACAUUAAGAAAGCUUGGAGUUUUGGGAGAUUGUCUAAGGUCAUGAAAAGGAGUCCACAUUCCGGCUCUAUUUUCCCCGCUUGUUGUAGAGCGAUUGCAAUUAUGUUGCUUAUUUCCUCCCAAUAAUCUGUGAUAAGAGGGCACAUCCACCAUAUGUGGUACAUCGUUCCUUCCUCCCUCCCGCAUCUCCAACAAUUCUUAGACGUGUUGGGGUAGAUAGACGCUAGUCUGGAAGGGACCAUGUACCAUCUGUAUUGUAUUUUACGGAUUAAUUCUAAGUGGGAAGCGCAUCUAGACCUUCCUCUGUGUGCUAUAAACGCGUUUUGCCAGAGUUCGUCUGUCAAUGUUUUGCCUAUGUCUGAUUGCCACAUUAUUUGGAAUUUCUCUCUACCCUCGCUUGGGGGGUCGGACAUUAGUUUGUAUAAGGUGGAGAGCAGUUUGGGUGGUACCUUCCUGGUUGUGCAAAUUCCCUCAAUGUUCUUUGCCCUUUUAGGUGUGGUAACCUCUGUGUCAUGUUCCAGGAGUGACUUGAGUUGGAGGUAUGAGAACACGGAUUGUGGCGGUAGGUCGUAACUGGUCUGGAGGUCUGGGAAUUGCAUUAGGGUGGUAUUAUGGAAAAGAUGUUUGACUAACGUGCACCCGCCUCUUUCCCAUGGUUUGUAAUUAAAUGAUGGGUUAGCUAUGUGUAUGCUCUGUAUCGGGGUUGCUAAAGACCAGUGUUUCGUGUAUCCCAGUUGGGUUCUCGUGGUAUCCCACGUCUUUAGUAGGAGUGUUGUGGUAUCGGGUAAGUCCGUGAUUUUGGGGCGUAGGUGGUGGGGCAACCAGAUUAAGUGGUGUAACCCUUUUGGGCAUGUCCACUGUGAUUCUAUAUCUACCCAUUGCGGUCUAUCUUCUACUUUGUGUAUCAUCAGCACCGUGGUUAUUAGGGACGCUUUGUAGUAUGCACUCACAUCCGGUAGUCCUAAACCCCCUGCUGUCACUGGUUUUCGUAGUAUUUUGGUCGAUACUCGUAUUCUGCGGUUUGCCCAUAUAAAUCUGUUUAGUGUUUGUUGGAGUUUUUGUAGAAACUUGUUAGGCAGUGGUAUCUGUAGAGUGCGAAACAAGUAUUGCAGUUUGGGCAUUACCAUCAUCUUGAUGGCCGCAAUCCUGCCUACCCAAGACAGGUAUUUGUCCUCCCAUGUUUGUAAGGUGGCGAUUAUCUCGCUCUGUAAUCUUCCGUAGUUGUGUUCACGGAGUCUGGCUAUUGUUUUAGUUAUUCUUAGGCCUAAAAAGGUAAUGUAAUCAUCCCUCCAAUCGAGGGGGAAUGUGGCUUUUAGGUGUGCUGUUGUGUGUCCUGGUACCCCUAUCCCCAUUGCCUGUGUCUUUGUGACAUUAAGCUUGUAGUAUGACUGGUCACCAUACAGUCGGAUCUCCUUCAGCAGGUUUGGCAGUGAUAUUAGGGGUUGUGUGAGUGUAAGUAGGAUAUCGUCCGCAAAUAGGUUCGCUUUGUAUUCCUUACCCCCCACUCUCACCCCAUGUAUAGAAGAGUUUUCCCUAAUUUUCACCGCCAGGGGUUCUAGGGCCAGUACAUAAAGCAGUGGGGACAGGGGACAUCCCUGUCUUGUCCCGUUAGUGAGCUUAAAGGGAUCAGAUAGGAAUCCGGAGUUUAGUACCUGUGCUGUUGGUGCUUUAUAUAAGGCUUUUAUUACUGCCACUAUCUUGUCUGGAAUCCCAAACUUCUUCAGAGUCUCUUGUAGGAAUCCCCAGUGCAGACGGUCGAAGGCCUUUUCUGCAUCUAGGGAGACCAGGAUCCCCCCUUCGGUGUGAUUACUUAUCUCGUGUAGUAGAGUUAUGACCUUUCUGGUAUUAUCAGACCCUUGCCUCCCCUUGAUGAAUCCUACCUGGUCGUUGUGUAUUAUGUGGGGUAACACGGAUCCCAAUCUCUUGGCGUAAAUUUUUGCUAAUAAUUUCGCGUCCGUGUUGAGAAGUGAUAUGGGUCUAAAGUUCUGUGGUGUUGUUGGUGUCUUGUUUGGCUUCGGGAGUGUCACUAUGUGCGCUAGCAGUAUGUCAUUAGGGAGAGACUGGUUGAUUAUUGCUUCAUUAAAUGUUUUAACCAGUUGGGGUGCUAGGAUCGACUGGUAGGUUUUAUAGUAGGUGUUGUUAAAGCCGUCUGGGCCUGGUGCCUUUCCGUUAGGCAAGGAGUUUAUCGUAUCUAUCAUUUCCUGGGUUGUGAUUGGGUUAUUGAGUAUGUCCUGCUGCUGCGUUGUCAGCGUUGGUAACUGAACUCCCCUUAGGUAGUCUGCAAUUCCCCGUGUAUCCGGUUGUGUAGUGGCGGCAUUAUCUUUGAGGUUAUAUAAGUCCGAAUAAUACCUGGCAAAUACAUCGCUAAUGUCUUUCGGGGUUGAGGCUUUUGUCCCUUUGUGGUCUAGUAAAUGGUGGAUCUUUUGGUUUGUUUGCUUCAGUUUUAGGCGGAGUGCUAAUAAUUUGCUGGCUUUAUUGCCCUGAACGUAGUUCGUCGUUCUCAGUUUGGUCAUGUGUCUGUUGACCUGGUCUAUGGCUUGUUGGUGUAUGAGCCUCGCUAUGUGGGUUAUGCGUUGUUUUGUUGCAAUGGUGGGUGUAAUUUGGUUUAGCGUGUUUAAGUCAUAUAGUUCCUUUUGCCAACCCUUAAGUUGUGUUUGUGUUGUUUUCUUUAUGUACGCUGCUCUCCUAAUCAAUAGGCCUCUCAUGACAGCCUUAUGGGCUUGCCACAGUGUUGUGGCUGCGAUACCCCCUGUGUUAUUGUCCUCAAAGUAAGCCCUCAUCUCUUCUGCCAGUUCCCCUUUAAAAUGUCUGUCUAGCAGUAGUGAGUCAUUUAUUUUCCAGGGGCUACGGUGCUUAAAGUCAUAAUUAUCUUUAAGCUCUAGUGUUAUCGGAGCAUGGUCAGACCACGUUAUUUGGCCUAUGUCGCAGGACUGCGCUUGAUUCAGAUGGGAACCUGAUAUCAGGAUGUUGUCUAUUCUGGAGUAUGAGUUGUGGACCGGGGAGUAGUGUGUAUAUGCUUUUUCGUCAGGGUGCGUGAUUCUCCAGGUGUCAUACAUGUGAUGUGUGUGUAGGAGUCUUUGUAUGGCCUUGCAUUGUCUUUGUAGAGGUCGGUGACUACGGCUUUGUGGGGGCAAUGUGGUAUCCAGUUUCGGGUCUAAGAUAUGGUUGAAAUCGCCGCAUAGUAUUGUAAUGCCGUAUUGAAUAUUCGCUAGUUUGUGAAGGAUUUUGUGUAGAAAGUUCCUUUGAUUGACGUUGGGUGAAUAUAUAUUGGCAAUCGUGUACUCCAUGUCAUUUAACGUGCCUGACACUAUGGCAUAUCUGCCGUUUGGGUCUAUAUCUUGGUUGUGAAGGGAAAAUUUGGUGUCUUUGCUUAUCAAUAUUGAAGCCCCUUUCGACUUCGUAGUGGAAGUGGAGUGGAAUUGGUGUGGGAAAUCUGUAAGCAUCGAUUUAGGAAAAUCCUCUUUGCGGUAGUGGGUCUCUUGCAGACAUAGAAUAUCAGUGCGGAUUGUUCUGAGUUCACGGGCAAGGAGGUGCCGUUUUGCGGGGACAUUCAGUCCUCGCACAUUAUAUGUGCAUAUUCUCACGGUGGUUGUCUGGUGUGGGUGUGCAUGUUAAUUGUGGAAGCGUGUAUAAGUGCGGGGGUCCCUGCUCGUCCCAGCCUAGUCCAGCUGAACAGGGAGAUCCCUAAUGUAGAUUGUGCUGCACCCUUCAGUGUAGUGGGCGGACAGUGGUCUUGUCUAGCUUGUGCUGUAGGCAUCAAGUUUUGGGGGAGAGGUUCGGGGCUACCCACAAGCCCUAUAAUGUAUACAACAACACUUGUACAUAAAACAGAACAUGUAACGAUCAAAAACAUUAGCAAUAUAAACUUCUGAACCAUUUUAGUGUGUGCCUCUAAUUCGGCUUGGCACUGAUUGUAUGUGCCGUGGGGGUUGAGGCAACUACCUCUGUCCUAUGGGAGCUCCCUCUCUCAAGCGCUUCUAAGUGGUGCUUAUCAUAAUGAAACCCUGCGUCCAGUUACUUUUUUUUUUUUUCCUUCUUCUUCUAAAUACUACAAUUCCCUCUCCCGUUUUGUGCUACUCCUCCCUGUUAUGCCCUGUGCACUCCUCCACUUGGGCCCUGUGUUGCUAAUCAUAUCUCAACGUAUUUGUCCCACAGUUUGCUUAGCAAUGGGGCGAUCAGUGCAUCGCGUAUCGUGAACGUGCUAGGUCUUACUAGGGCGAGGCUUCCCUCAGGAAAUCUAUCUUCGGCUAGACCGUUAAUGUUUCCUUCCACCUCCCAAACAGUUUCCCAGCCCCUCCCGUUGUCAAACGGUACAUUACCCAAUCGAUGUGUCAUAGUUCGUGCUAGUAACUGUUAUUGCAAGGCAUAUAGCUGUGGUGGUUAGUGCCGGUCUGCAGUCUCUCAAGUAUUCCUAUCUUCUCUUGGUUUUCUUCCACUCCGGGGAGAUUCUGGGUACCUUUGGGUCAUCUUGGGUGUUCGUCGCUGGAGAUAUGUCCCAGGUUUUCAAAAUUCGUACCCCUUCUUCAGGUGUGGUGAUUACCGUUGUCUUCCCUCCUCUAGUUACUAAAAGUUUAGUGGGGUAUCCCCAUCUAUACGGCAGUUUGUGGUCUCGCAACGCCACCGUGAUGGGUCUAAAAUCUCUCCGUCGUUUAAGGGUAUAGGCUGAAACGUCUGCAUAGAUGACGUGGUUUUUGUAUUCGGCUGGUAGCGUUUUACCUGCUCUGUUGGCCGCCAGAAUGGCCUCCCUGGCAUGGAAGUAAUGUAGCCGCAGGAGUAUAUCUCGGGGGGUCUCUGGUGGCAGAAAUGUGGGCCUCGCCGUGCGGUGGAUUCUGUCCAUGAGAAGUGUGUCCGCGGGCAAGUCAGGGGCUAGAUGUUUAAGUAGGCCUGUGACAUGCGCGUUGAGGUCUGCCGUGCUCACCGUCUCAGGUACCCCCCUAAUUCGCAGGUUGUUCCUGCGUGCUCUAUCUUCCAUAUCUGCUAUCUUCAUGUCCUGUGCUAGUACUUUCGCUGACAGCCCCUCCAGUUUGUCUGCCAGAGCAUUGUGGGCUUCUGAGAUCCCCUCCAUUUUAGUUUCUAUGUGGGAUGUUCUGUGUCCCUGUUCUUGUACCUCCUUUCUGAGGUCUUUGAGUGCAGUAUCCAGUUUUUGGAGGAGUUUGUCAGACAUUUCAUCGAGGAGGUGUUUCAUCCUGCUGUGGGUGAGUGGAGGUUCUCCUUCCUGGGGCUGUGUGUCAGCCUCCUGAUCGCUGUCGGCGCCAUCUUGGGCCGGGUCUGGCGGCUGCCAGUGUUUGCCUUGUGCGGAUCGCGCCGCGAAAAAAUUUGAUUUUUCCUGUUUCUCCGUGGUCCGUUUACUUUUGGGUUGCGACAUAUCGGCUGCAGGUCGGGUUGUGUGUAUUUUGCUACGGGUUAAUUGCUCGUAGAAGCCCGCUUGAGCGGAGCUCUCAGCUCAUGCGACUUGUUCGCUCGGCGUCCAGGACACGCCCCCCUUAUUAAACAACUUUAAAGGGACACUACAGGCACCCAGACAACGACAUCUCAUUAAAGUGGUCUGGGUGCACUGUCCUGUCCCCUUAGCCCUGUGAUGUAAAAGAUUUUAGAUAAACUGCAAUGUUUUCAUUGCAGGGUAAAGCCUACCUCUAAUGGAUGUCUUCCAGAUAGCCACUAGAGGCACUACCUUAAUUCUGUGAAACGAUGUUGGACAUCCUUGCAUGAGGAUAUCUAAAAUCUUCAAAUUCUCCUUAGGAAUGCAUUGAUUCAAUGCUUUGUGUAACGGCACCCCCAGGCACACAAGGGGUUAAACAGCCGUUUAGAGGAUAUUCCCUUCCAGAUACACAGGCAGCUCCUACAAGCACCAAUCUCCCGAACAGGAAACACACGAAUUCUCCAACUCCCGAACUGGAAACACACGAAUUCUCCAACUCCCGAACCGGAACCAUACGAAUGCUGUAAGCAGCCGAACAGGAAAAACCAUACGAGCAGUUUACACGCCUGGCAGUCGAACUGUAACAGCAUACAAUCAAAUCCCCCCAAGAAUGAGACAACACUUCGUUUGAGGGUCAAGCAGUGAUCUGUUUAAUCUGGGCUACCUGCCCGGUAUUUAUGCAGGUUUCCCACCUGGUGGGACACUGGAACACAAACUGGACAGUAACCAAUCAGGACAGUUUAACCUUAACCACUCCCACAUGCACAUUGUAAUCCCUCCUCUCUAUCCUGGAGAUAAUUGGGAAGUAAUCCAAUUAUCUCCAAGGACAGAGGCAAAACUCCAUUAGCCACAUGUUAGUAAAAAGACAUAAAAUUACACAGUGUUACAAUUACUAAAUAAAACAUAUACAUUCAACAUAUCUCCAGAUAGCUUAGAUCUGAGCGCACAUUAUUACUGAAUGGCGCUCAGAUCACAUACAUACAGUUCAAUCGCCUUGGAGCCAAAGUCUUUCACAUAGUGUUUCGUUACAUGAAUGGGCUCCAUGACAUAGCUAUCUGGGGUAACACUGCUCACAUAGGGAAAGUACCGAACGGACGGCGUUCGUAUGAAUUGCAGGAGAAGGGAGGUUUAAGAUGGCCGCUGCCACGUGUUCGGUUAUACGAACAGCGGCCACCCAGCGUUCACCAAUUAAGCUGCAGUUAACCGCAGCUUCUGGGAGGUAAAUCACUGGCACACUCCUUUCCCAGGUGGUCCCCCGAUUUGUGCGUUGGUUCGGUAGAUUCAAUCUACCGAACGCCCAGCCAGAAAGGCACGAACAAGCCUUUCUAAAGGGGAAAAUAACAGCGUUUAACAUGGGGCCAUAGUCCAGAGGGAGCAGGCAAGCAACCAGGCUUCUCCAGUGCCCAGUGGCGAGGUUGGUUCCGCCACACUUUGCUAUUGGGAAGUUUUGAAGCCAUGCAUGCGCAUUAGAUUCCCAGACCGCUAAGACGUCGCAGGAGGAGAAGACCUAGCCAGGGUCAAGGGAGCCUUGGUGCUGGAAUAAAGGCAAGUUUAAAAAACUUUUUUUUACUCUUUACUCACCGGGAGGAAGCAAGACAUACAGAAAUAGGGACAGGGACACAGAUUUGUAUUCCUAACACUAUAGCGUUCCUUUAACUAGAGGUAAUUUAUCAGUGGUAAACAAUGUAUUUUUUUCAUCAAUGUACUUUGUAGAAACCAUUGGAAUGUACUACUACAAUGUAAUGUAAUAAUCCUAACAUUCUUACAGGUUUCCGAGAUUUAGGUGAUUCUCCUUAUGAUGACAUUGAUGUUGAUAUGACUACCGAAUUCCUUGACAUGGAAAAAUUGCUUACCGGUAAAUAUACAACUUUGUUAUAAAAUGUUCUCUUUGCUUUUUGUUGUAAUGUCGGUGGAUAUCAAAUCAAAAAAUUUAAUGAACACUCUUAGCCCCCUUUCCCCAUCCCCCAUUGUAAGAAGGCAGUUUUAUAAAUUAUUUACUUGUUUCUUGGGUACCAAUGGAUGGCAAUCGCCACUUUCUCUCAUCAGCCAGGGGAGUCAGAGCUUCCUUUAGCCAGUGAGCUAAACCCUACCCUGCCAGGCUUAGCUGCAACCGAAAGCUUCCAACACUAAUAUAGGCCAUAGUGGAGGUUGGAAGUGUUCAUAUUAUACAUUUUAGUUUAAUGCUUAAUUCAUGUGUCAACGUAAAUCAGGGCAUGGGGACAAAGAGAGGAUUACCUUUUAUAUUUCUAAUUGAGCUACAUCUUAAACGUUUCCCUUUUAGACGGUGGACGUAUAUUAUAGCCCUCUGUGUGCUAGAAAGCGACAGAUACAAAACUCCACAGUGAUAUUUAAUGCAAGUAGAUCUGUACCACACAAAACUAUUGUUCAUUCAAGAGUUAAAGGGACACUAUAGUCAGCAAUACAACUUUAACUUAAUGAAGCAGAUUUAGUGUAUAGAUCAUGUUCCUGCAGUCUCACUGCUCAAUUCUCUGCCAUUUAGGAGUUAAAUCACUUUUUUUAUGCAGCCUAUUCACACCUCCCUGCAUGUGACUUACACCGCCUUUCUAAACACUUCCUGGAUAGAGUUAUCUAAUUUUAUACUUCCUGUAUUGCAAAUUCUGUUUAAUAUAUAAUUUAUUUACUCCUGCUCUGUUAAUAGCUUGCAAGAGCCUCCUGUAUGUAAUUAAAGUUCAAUUUAGAGAGCAGAUAAUGCAACAUUUUAAUGCAAGUUACUAUCUGAUUGAAAGUGAAACCAUUUUCUUUUCAUAUAGAUUGUGUCAGUCACAGCCAGGGGAGGUGUGGCUAAGGCUGUAUAGACAGAAACAAAAGUGAUUUAACUCCUAAAUUGCAGUGAAUUGAGCAGUGACAUUUCAGACACAUGAUCUAUACACGAAAAUUACUUCAUUAAGUUGAAGUUGUUUUGGUGACUAUAGUGUUCCUUUAAAUACUCUUUAGGCAUAUCAUAUAAAUAGCUAUUAGGAGGCCACAAGAGACAUUAUAUUGAUUUUAUUGUGUCUCAUGAGAACAUUUCUACAUUAUUAGCUGUAUGCAGUCAUAACUGUUUGUGUGUAACACUCGCUUUGCUACAUUGUUUGUCUGUGAUAUAUUUUUCUUUGUUGUUGUUUAGUCACACCUAUCACUGUAUCAGUAUUGGUUCAUUUAUAUUGAUGAUUUGGAAUUAUUAUACUAUCAGGUCCAGGUGUGGUCCAAACGCUGCAUUAAUCCAUAGCUGCUUUGCUCCUUUUUAUUUGUAAAGCUGAUGGUUUCUUUAUUUGGGUGGUUUUGUUAUUUUUUUAUAAAGGUGUUGUGUUCAUAACCUUUCUUUUUAGUUUACUUAAAUAAGGUUUUAAAAUGUAAUGAAUUUUUAAAAUAACCUCUAAAAUACCUGAAAUAAUGUUAUAGACUCCUGAAAUAAUGUUAUAGACGUUAUGUGAGAUAAUUCCAUAUUUUGAGAUUGUAACUUUUUUCUAUGUGUAGCAUUUUCCUCGUUAAAACCAGCGCUCAAUGAAAAAAAAAUAGUUGAUCAUCUAAAUAGUUUGUGGCAGUCAUCUAAGAUCCUUACCUGUUGCGAUUAAUUUAGAUGGUUUGGAUGAAACAAGUCAAUAUAUGAUUUUUCAGAGUCCUUUUAAUUAAACAUAUUUUUUUUUUUUUUUUUGAGUGAUGGGAUAGAGCUGUUCCAUAAAAGUUCCAGGAAUUUACUACAGGGAUUGGAUGGGGUUAAUAAUCUAUGGAGGAGAAUUCAGACUGUCCCAGAGAUAAUGUAUUCGUGGUAACAGAGUUAAUUGUACAGAGUAUGAAGAAAUAAAUGUGGAAGGAAACAGAGGAGAUUUACAGGAUUAUCUUGGCAUGCAUGGGGAUAAACAAUGGGCAUUGCAGUGGAAGUGGAAGAAUAAUGAGUAGGAGAGUGCUUAGGAAAAAAACAAGAAAUAGGUGAAGGUGAAGAGAGAUGAAUUGGUAGGGUAGAGCACAGGGAAAACCUAAGAAGUAGAGGAAAGCAUGGGAAAAAUCCUAAGGCUUAGGGAAAGAAACCAUGGGUUAGGGCAGAGCAUGGGACAAGUAAGGGCAUGGGUAAAAAAAAACAACCAAAACAUGGGGUAGUGGAGGGCUAAAUGACGGUUGUCAGUGGUAUAAACAGUUGGAAUUAUUAUAAUACCCCAGACAGGCUCAUUUAAUAUAAAUCCUUGGUCUGAAGAAGAAGGGGCAACAGCCUCAGCAAAAUAAUUCUUCUCUACCAGAUCAGGGCCUUCAAACUGAUCAGGUCCACAUUUCUGCUCUUCUCCUUAUCUUCUGAGCUGUGUGGUCGAGCAGAGGCCUUAGUAAGUAAAAUAACACCUCAGGUUUGUUGGUGAAAAACUGCUGGUUCCAGUGGCAUGAUAUGUGAACCCAUUAAUGUACUGAACUCUAUUCCACCAGAUAGUUAUUUUAAUACAUCCUCAGUACUCUGAAACCCACUGACUCUUAGUUAAGAGAUGUGCUUGAUCUCACUGUGUUUAAGAAUGUAAUUUUUCCCACAAAGGUAUACGUCGUUAGUGACUAAUAAACUCUGUAUAUUUUUUCCAAGGAAGUCAUCACUAUCUUUGAUUUGGCAGAGCAGGUGACCAUCAAUUUGCCAGUUGGUGUGGGGAGUGACCUUGUACCUUCAAUUGUGUGUUUUCUAAAUGUAAAUUUCACUAGAUUCGUUAUUAUUACCCAAUUUUUUGCGCAAAUUAUAAUUACAUUAUUAAAUCUUUGAAAAACGUUUGUAGUGUUUCCAGACUUUAAAGGAUUGACAGCUGGAUAAACCAUUUUAUUACUGAGGGUUACUGAACUAGAUACACACACAUCCCCUAUCACCAGGGGCCAAAGACAAGUCUGCAUAGAGUUAAUGCUUUUUGUAUUGAUUGAGACACUGGCUAAUUUUCAGUAACAUGUUGUAAUAUGAAUACAUUUGUCAAAGAGAUGCUUUGUUUGGAAGCUGACUUCUGCGUAAUACACAGUUUAAUCAAAUGCUUUCCACGAGCCAACUGUUGAGCAUGACAUUUAAUGAAAAUACACAAUGUUUUAUGAGUAGUCAGUUGAAGAAAGAAAAAAAAAAGAUUUAACAUAUAAUAGUAAAAACUUCAAUAAUAGACAGAAAAAAAAAAUUUGAAUUCUAAAAUUUGAUUUUGUGCAGAUUUCAUUCAGUGUCUGUAUUUAAACAUCUGAACAUUAAAAUAAAAAUACUUGAUUGUUACAAUGAUAUUAACAAUGGCAGGAAAAUUAGUUUAAAUGUGAAUCGUCAGGAAUUCAAAGUGAAUUUAAAUGUUUAGUCCAAAUAAACAAACUGACAAUAUGUUGCAAGCCAACUAUAUUUUUACUUGGCUAUUUUAAACUAAAAAAAAAAUAAAAAAAUUUAAUUUUCUUUGAAUUCUAAUAAUCUAAACUUUAGUGAACAUUGUGAUGGCUCUUGUCAUUUUCCUUACCCCAUUAAAGGACAAGUCUCCAUAAUUAUAAAGCUACAUUUUCUUAUACAAAAAUAAAUAUGAACAAAAUGUAGAAUUUAUGUUAUUAGUCUUUAUGUUAUCGUCUUUAACCAAAUAUAUACCAUGAAAGCAUUUUCCUCUCUUUCCAUUCCACACUCUGUACAAUCACCAAACAUCGUAGCUGAAGUAUUAGUCGUCUUGAGCAGAUGUCAAUAAAGUCGCUUAUGUAAGAUACAAUUCACGCUCUAUAGUCACUACGAGUUCUAUAUUCGAAAACCAAUGCCUUUGUGUUAAACAUAUUAAUGCAGGUUCUUUUGCGUCAUGCUAUUGAUUGCACUAGUAAAUUACAUAAGGUCAUUGUGAGAUCCAUUCUGCUCUAAAGUGUUAUCAUAAAAACAGAUGGAGGGAGACAAUAGCUGUGGGACACACCUAAAUACAUCAAAGAACAUUACAUUGAACAGAGAGUAGAUAGCCUGCACAUAGAUUUCAUCUAUAUAAAUUUUAUUAAAACGAACCUGUAAUGAGAAAUUGUACUCACUGUACAAUCAGCUCUAAAAACAUUGAAUAUAUUAGAAAGACCCGAUAUAUUGAAUGUAAAAUAUCGGACUAUCGAGAUAUACUUAGCUCACCUUUUUUUCCCAGUGCGGAUAUCUUCUGAAGUUCAUAGGUGUUUCUCGUAGUGUAACACCCACCUCUGGUCCAUCCGCGGGUCCUCCUACAGUGUUUUGUAUUGCCCUGCCUGGGGAUGCUAAGCUGGGCGGACCUCCUGUGUGACGCUUUUAUUGCCAGCAUGUCGGGUGGGAGAAAGACCUAUAUUUAAAAGUAAAAUGAUUUCAUACUUACCAUAAUUUUCUUUUCCUGAUCAUUAUACAUGACAGUAUUUACUAAUGGGUUAGCUACUCCCCUCACAGCAGAAAGGACAGAAAACGGAACCCUGAGAUUGGUAUAAAUAGACCCACCCCCUUCCCAAUAGGCAGUCUUUGUAACAAUUAUAAUUAUUAUUUUAUUAUUUAUAUACCGCCAGCAAAUUCCGUAGCGCUGUACAAUGGGUAGCUUCACAACUCUCAACGUAGGUGGGUGGGAACAUAAUACUGCCAUUUAUAAUGAUCAGGAAAAUAAACUUACGGUAAGCAAGAAACAAUAUUCUAAAUCAAAAAAUUUAAUAGCAAACCUGCUAGCAUGUUGUAUCGAUAAAAUGUUAUGCUCUUUCAAAAGAGCAUAAGUAGUUUGGUGCAUAACAGGUACCCUUUAAAAAUAUAAAAAUGCAUGAAAAAGUAGUGCAUGUGGUUGCCUAAUCUAUGGUUCUUAAAAGAACAUUCCAAACACCAUAACCACUUCUGUGCCCUGGGAUCCACCCACACCCCCUUGUAGGUAGUCAAACUGUUAAGUAAUGGUUUGGAAUAUUAACUUGUUUCUGCUGGUCAGACCUGUCCCCUGCCAGAAGUCUUUAGUGUUUAUUUAAUCAUUUUGUAAGUGUGAAAAUAUAGGAUGAAAUAUAUUAUGAAACCAUGUUUUUCAAUGUCUUCAUAUUAAAUCAUGACAUGGGUCAGUGGUGGCUAAUUCAUAGAGGCACUUGGGGUGGUCCCACGGCAGAAAUUUGUUGGUAUAAUAAAAUUAUUAAAAAUAAAUAAUAAUUGAAGUGGUAAUGAUAUUGUUACUUUAGAGGGAGCUGUACUUGAAAUCCUAAUUAAAUGGAUGUAUAUGUGUAGUACUGCAAUGCUAUACUUUCCUCUUCCUACUUCUUCCACAGAACAGACCCAUUAAUAAUACAUAAUGGUUUUCUGUAGAAACUGUUGAGAGUAACUAAGCAUGUUUGGAAUUUGUGAAAAACGCCCUGCCUGAGUAUAGACUUUGGACAUGCUCAGUCUGCUCUCUUAGAUGAUUUCUGAAAUGACCCAUCUGGUUUGCACUAGGUUGCCCGAGUCUAGAUAACUAUUUUUAUAAAAUGCUUACUAAUUUACAUAGGCUUAAAAGAGACUUGUGUCCAUCAGGCCCAGCCUUUCUAAAUUUCAUUUUUUGCGUUUCUGUUGUGGUGAAAGAGAUUGGAAGAGUAAAUAGAUAUAUUAUUUAUAUGUUUGUCUAUGUAAACAUAUUUUCUGUGAUUAAUAUUUUAUUAAUUUAAUAUUUUAGCAUGAUUUUAAUUAUAUUAAUAAUUAGACUAAGCAAUUUCCUGUAAACAAAGGAAUUGAUCAUUUGCUGUAGGGGUGGUGUCUACUACCGUACCAUCUUAAGAUUUUACCAGCUUCUAUUGAUAUUGGUAAAUCUCUUUCAGCUCAGGAAAAGAAGAUUGAAUCUACAAACGACUGUGUGCAUCAAACUAACAUGUGUAGUUUUAAUGAAAAAUGCAGCAAACACAAGAACGCUUACGUACUACAGUGCAGAGAAACAAACCACGGGGAAACCUGUGAGCGGCGGAAAUGUCACCAGUUGCUGCGUCAGUUUUUCAAAAAAAUUCCAGUGGAGUUUACAAAACGAAUGCUUUUUUGCCAAUGUCACGAUAACAAGUGUGGAGAACGGAGGCGCAAAACAAUAGUGCCGGAGUGUUCUUUCGAGGAGGCCUCCAAACCAAACUGCCUACAGCUACAUUACUCCUGUAUCAACGACAAUCUUUGCAAGUAAGUUUUGAAGUACAGCUCUCUUUUCAUAGGAAAGAAACUAUAAAAAAAUAGAAUUUUAGGCACUAAACUACCUAAGAAAUUGCAUCUUCAUCAAAGGGAAACUUCAGUAGACACAGUUAUCCACCAAGGUAUAUAAUGAUACAUGCCGUCAUGGAAGGGUCAUAAAAAGCAGGGGGAGAAAGAGAUAAUAAUUAGCAACACUUUAUGCUUUUCAGGUUUACCUCUGGUAAGCAUAAAGAUGGAAUCGGGUUGGUUAAAAAAUCUUUACAUAUAUCUUUUUUUACAUUAAAAAUAAAUACAUCUUUAUGAUGUGGAAUACUGCAAGAUCGUCAGCAACGUCAAGUCAUGCACAUAUUGUGGUAAUAAACAAUAUCACAUAUUCAGUCAUUACAAAAAUAUUUUGUGUGCGAGAAUAUAAAAACAUAGCAGUUAAGGGAAAAUGACGCCUCAGAGGGGAUAUGAUAAAAUUAUAUAAAUAUAUUCAAGGCCAGUACAAACCAUUAUUUGGAAAUCUAUUCAUAAACAGGGUUAUACAUAGGACACAAGGUCACACAUUUAAGCUGGAAGAAAAGAGAUUUCAUCUAAGGCAAAGAAAAGGUUUUUUUUUACAGUAACAGUGAUAGGGAUAUGGAAUUCUCUGUCUGAAAAUUUGGGUUUUAUCAGAGUCCAUACAGAUGUUUAAAGAGCAAUUGGAUAAAUACUUGCAAAAAUAGAAAAUUCAGAGAUAUAAUUUCUAAUUAGUGGGGUUUAGCUGCUUGAUCCAAGGAGAUAUCUGACUGCCAUUUUGGGUUUUGGAAGGAAUUUUUUCCUAGUUUGUUGCAAAAUUGGAAGCGCUUCAGACUGUUUGGGUUUUUUUGCCUUCUUUUGGAUCAACAGCAAAAACAUAUGUGAGGAAGGCUGAACUUGAUGGACGCAAGUCUCUUUUCAGCUAUGUAACUAUGUAAGACCAGUAAGUGAAUGUACAAUCUCCGGUAUCUGUCGAGAUCUGCUUAGUACAUGGGAGUAAUGCAAGGUUUAUUUACGAGAACAAACCAUAAUAGUGCACAAUUAUGUAAAAAGAGGAGCUAGACUGGCUAAUACCGUCAUGCAAGUGUUGCUUUAUUUCUCAAAGCCAUCAUAUACUGCUCUCCAUAAUGCGUUGAGCUCAUUACCUUCAGCACUUAUACAAUGAUACUAGCAGAUAAUGCGUGUUGUGGCAACACACAAGCUGCAUUUAGCGCUGAAAGUGGAAAUAGAAACUUUGGCAACAACUUAAACAGAUUAAAUGUCCAUUAAUAAGUGAAUUCCCUUGUCUGUCUCACUGGCUACAGAAACAGUAUUCACUGAAAAUGUGCUCUGACUACAUAGCCUGGGUGCAGGGCCGGUGCAAGGAUUUUUGCUGCCCUGCAUUCAAAUUUGCCACCCCAUUUACUCCAGGCUUGAAUCUAUGUAGGGACAGAGACACUACAGUAUUCGGAAUACUGGUUUAUAUUCCUAAAACUAUAGUGUUCCUUUAAAAGUAUUGAUUUAAAAAAAAAAAUUAAAACGGUCCUUUGUGUACAAAAGCAGUCACUGAUACACACAUACACACAUUCACGCACACACAUUCACUAACUGACACUCAAUGGUCCAAUCACAAUAAGUGACCAAUGCACACACAAUUUCACUGACUCGUGCAGAGUAACAGACACACACUGGCCCAAGCAGAUAUACACUGACUUAUGUAGACUGACACAUACACUGGCCCAAGCAGACACAUACACAAACACUGGACCAAGCAGACACACACAGUCACUCAUGCAGAUGGACACACACUGACCCAAGCAGACACAUACACACACGGACCCAAGCAGACCCACACAGUAACCCAAACAGAGACACACACAAACACUGACCCAAGCAUACACACACACACUGACUCAAACAGACACACUGACCUAAGCAGACACACACACACACUGAUCCAAGCAGACACACACAGACUGAUCCAAACUUACACUGACCCAAGCACACACAUGCUAAUCCAAGGAGACACACAGAUACAGACCCAAGCAGACACUCACACACUGACUCAAGCACACAUACUGUUCAAAGCAGACACACAAACACUGCCUCAAACAGACAGACACACGCACUGACCUAAGCAUACACAUACACACACUGAUCCAGACACACACACACUGACCCAAGCAGACAUACACUGACCCAAGCAUACACACACACACUGACUCAAACAGACUGACACACAUUCUUUAAAACACACACACUAUUAAGUCCCCCUCUUGCCUUCACUUCACAAUGACUCAGUCUCUCCAUGUGUCCCAGGCUUCUGGACUGCGCCUGGCUGCCUCCACUCUCUCAGAUUCGCCCCCACUAUCCUCCCACCCACUUGACCCCGAGUGCAGGGGAAGUGGCGGGAGCAAUUGAACGAUACAUCCGUGCGUUGCCUUCAUGAGAGAUGUGUGGGGGGCGGGGACGGCUCUGUGAACUUUGCAGUCUGAGGUUGAUGGCACCGGGUGCUAGUCUGCAGCUAUGUAAGUGCUCCCUGUGGCGAAACCAACCUCGCCACUGUGAACUGGAGAAGCCUGGUUGCUCGCCUGCUCCAUUUGGACUAUGGCCCUGCAGGUUAAACUGUUUAUUUCCCCUGCAGAAAGGCUUAUUUGUGUGAUCUGAGUGCCAUUCAUCUAAUAAUGUGCACUCAGAUCCCAGCUAUCUGGGGAUAUGUGAAAUGUCUGUGUGUUAUGUGUAAAUGUGACUUUAUGUAUUCUAAAGUGUUUUGUGUCUUUUUGCAACCAUGUGCUUAAUGGAGUCUUGUGUCUGUCCUGGGAGAUAAUUGAAUUACUUAUCUCCAGGAUAGAAGACUCUGAAACUGGUUUGGGCCAGAAAGCCAUGCUUCAUUUAGUCACAAAGGACUUUUUACUAACUUUUGAACCCCUUGUCUGAUUUGUGCCAUUUUUGAAUAUGUUGUUCCCCUGAAUGGAUUGAUUGUGAAUAUGUAAUUUUAUGUGAAUGUGAUGUAUGGUUUUGGAGUUAUGAAAGUUGGGUAGAAAGUAUGUUUUAACUGUAUGUAUAAUUGAGUUUCCUCUCAGGAUAAGGGGAGGGAAUAUGUGGGAUGUAACUGUGAGGUGAUUGGUUGUUUUGUAACGCCCUGUGGGCUGUACUAUGUUUGUGGAUUGGGAAUAAAAGAGACUGUAUGUGACAGUACAGGGAGUUCCUGUUUUAACCCUCAAAGUGAAGUGUCGUCUCAUUAUUGGGGGAAGGAUUUAUUGUAUGCUGUUCCAGUUUGACUGCUAGGAGAGUAAACCUAUUCGUAUGGUUCCUAUUCAACUGUCUACAGCAUUCAUAUGCUUGAGAGAAGGUAUACGCUUCUCUGGUUCGGUGAUUGUGGUGUCGGCUGCAGUGCUUGGAGUCCUCAGGAAGCGCUAGGAGCAUCCUUUAACGGAGGUACCCAGUCGGGGUGCCAGGCGAUCCGUUACACUCCCCAGUGCCCAGUGCCAUUACCCGAGGCAUGAACUACAGACUUUGUCCCACAUAGAGGGGGGGCGGCCCAAGUCAGCAGUAAAAAUGCUGCUGGUGCUCCACCCUUGAGAAGCGCCCUAUUCGGCUGCCUAAUCAGCCUAUUGGACGCGACUGCCCUGCCUGGGUGUUACAGCUUUGCUAAACGUGACUACAACAAGAGCAAGAGGUAGGUGGGCAUAUUCUCAGUGGAAGCCAGGACUCUGAUGUAGUUGGUGAGAUAGAAGAAGGAUGGGCAGGUAAGAGGUUAAUUUACUGAAUUAAAAACUUUCCAACCUUUUUUUUAAACACUCGGACCCUUAGAAGGUGCAUUGCUCAUAGGAAUCAUUAAGCAGUUACUAGUGUGAACUGUGAUAGGUAACCUUUGCCAGUCCAAAAAAAAUCUAUGCCAGCCCCAUAAGUCAUAGCGCAAUAUAUUGUCGCAUGUAAUAUGUAAGGCUAUGUCUUGCCACCCUAGAUGACUGAUAUAUAUAUUUAUAUAUAUAUAUUAUUAUUAUAUAUAUUGCUUUUUCCAAUAUAAAAUAUUGGUCCUUUUAGAGUAAAAUUUUUAAUUAUACAGUAAGCACAUGCAGACACAGACAAUCUCACUGACACAAGCGGAUUGAUAUAUAGCCUCAUAGACAAACAAUCUCACUGAUAUACAUAAGGUCAUUGACAUAAAAACACAAGCUCACUCACUAGCAGGCACACACACACACAUGCAAGCAAGCCCACUCACUAGCAGGCGCGCGCCCACACACACAGCUUAAUGUAGUGGUUCUGGUGUCUAUAGCCUGUCCCUGCAGGCUUUUCAAUGUAAACACUGACUUUUUAGAGAAAAGGCAAUGUUUACAUUGCUUCCUAGUGACAGACACUCAGACGGUCACUAGAGGUGCUUCCUGUGUCAGUGUGGAUUGGCUGAGAUCAUCAAGCUUGAUGAUCUCAGCCAUAGAGGCAGGGCCAGUCGAGGGGAGACCAGCACGACGUGGGGAAAAAAAAAGGUGAGUAAAAACACACAUACCAUGACACAGACAGACCGUGACACAGACACACCAUGACAGACAGACACACACAAUAUGACACAGACAAGACACACAUACCAUGACAGACGCACACACAUACCAUGACAGACACACACCUUAAAAAAGACCCACACACAGACCUUGACACACACACACCAUAACACAAACAGACCGUGACAGUCACACCCACACCGUGACACAGACACAGAUUACAUGACACAGACAGACACACACAGACCACGACACAGAGAGACCGUGACACAGACACACACACCGUGACACAGACAGACACACAUUACAUGACACAGACAGACACACACACACCAUGACAUACAGACACACACACAACAUGACAAACACACAUAAUAUGACACAGACAGACCGUGACAUAGACAGACACACAUUACAUGACAGACACACACACACAAUGACACAGACACACAUUGCAUGACACAGACAGACACACACACCAUAACACAGACAGACACACACACCAUGACAGACAGAGACACACACACCAUGACACAGACAGAAACACAGACACACCAUGACAGACAGACACACACACCAUGACACAGACAGACACACACACACACACCAUGACAGACAGAGACACACACACACAAUGACACACACACACACACCACGACACAGACACAUACACUCACACUGACACACAUAAUUGCUACCUGUGUGCUGGCGGCCGCAGGGGGAGCCAGUCUGAUAGUGGCCGCAUGGGGGAGCUGGCUGUUCUGUCUCUGCUCCCCCGCCCCAGCGCGCAGCUUAAUGAGACCGGGGCCGGAAUAUGAUGUCAUAUUCCGGCCCCGGUCUCUUUGUAGCGCGUGAGGGCGGGGGAGCAGAGACAGAACAGCCAGCUCCCCCUGUGGCCGCCAAAAAAGGUCCCUCUGCUGCCGCAGGUCAGCCAGCUGCCUGCCUGGCCCCAGGUGCCGACGGCCCACCGGGAAAUUUCCCGGUAUCCCGGUGGGCCAGUCCGGCCCUGGUGACAGGGCAUCACGGAAUUGUAAUACAUAGCAGAUACAGUAACAAAGUUUGCCUAUAAUGUCUGUGAAUUAAGGACAUUAAAGGGACACUAUAGUCACCAGAAACACUACAGUUUAAUGAUGUUGUUCUGGUGUCUAUAGACUGUCCCUGCAGGCUAAUCAAUAUAAAUUGAGAAAAGGCAGUGUUUACAUUGCUGCAUCGUAACACCUCUAGUGGCAGCACACUAUAGGUGGUUCCUAUUCCGCAGCACCUACGUUCAGCGUCUCCACGCUGCAUGGAGGCGCUGAAUGCUCCCCAUAGAGAUGCACUGAUUCAAUGCAUCUGUGAGGAGAUGCUGAUUGGUGCAGCAUGGUGUUUUGCCAUGAAUGCACAAUAACCUCCCAAUGUUUUCCUAUAGAAAAGCAUUAAAUUGGAUGAGAUCAUCAAGAUCGAUGAUCUCAGCUAUAGAGGCAGGGCCAGCUGUGACGAGACAACAAGGCGAGUGAGAAGAGGUGCGUAAACUCAUCUUUUAACUCCAGAGAGGGGGAGGGGAGGGGACAGACACCUACAGCCACUUCAGCACUAUAGUGUUAGGAAUACAUGUUUGUGUCCCUAACGCUAUAGUGUUCCUAUAGCAUUGGAUAUUUGCUUAGAGGGACUCUUUUUCCAGAUGCAAGACAAUAAUGCACAUUUUUUUGUAAACCCUCACAUUCCUGGCCCACAAACUCAUUUAACUUAUUUACAUAUUUAGGUUAAAAGGUGUCUCUUUUCCUGUAAUUAUAUAUUCAGUGUCAGAUUUUGACACCCUAAAAAUAAAAAAAAAUAAAAAACAUUUAAUUAUAUAUAUUUUCCUCUUUGAAAAUGCUUCCUUCUUUUAAAAAUUGUUUUAGAUCACGUUUGGCAGAUUUCCAGAAACAUUGCCACCCAUUUGAUAAAAGGACAACAAGCUGCCCCAGUGAUGAUUUGUGCUUACAAGCUUACAUAAGGAUGAUUGGUACGUUGCCUUUGAUAUUCUAAGGUUAUACGGGAAAAAAACAAUCUGUGAAUAGCUUUAAAAAAUGUGUUUUUAAUGUUAAUGCUCCAUUAGAAGAUAUAUCAUAUCUAUUCAGUUGUCAGUAAACUACUUUCCCUUUAUGGCUUGUUAAAUUAUUGGUUGACAUAAUGACUUUCUAAUGUAAAUUUUUUUGUAACAUAUACAUAUUGUAGAUGAUAUCAUCAGAUCAUCGGAUGAUGAUUCACUUUCAUUUUUAUUCUGUAAUUCUUGUGUUUCUGUAGCUCUCUUUGUUGUAUGUCUGAGGCAAGCUUAUGCCUUGUCUGUGAUUAUUCCUUACCUCCGCCAUCCGAAUUUUGGCUUGCUCCCUUAUUUCCGUUUUAAUAUCUUCUCUACUUCUCUUUUCACCACUUUUGGGGUUAAAUUGAUAACACCAGUCAUUUUUAAUUCUUCUAAUGCGUCUUCCUGUUUCCUUCUGUGUACUAUGUCUAUUGCAAGGGGUCCACUUUUGUCGAGGAGACAAUGAUAGUUAUUUCCUUAAUACUUACCAAAAUUGGUUUAAUAUUUGACUUUGCAGAGAACUUACUCAGACUGCAAGAAAAGUGAAUGUGUAUAUAUAUUCAUGUGUACAUAUGUUUAUUAAAACAAAAGAAAAAUGCAAUCAUGUAUUUAUUAUUUGUUUCAAUUGUAAAGUCAAGUGCACCGCUUUUAUCCAAUAAAUGUGACUAUACGACCAAAUCUAGUACAGAAAAGUCCAGAUGAGAAUGCACACACUAAAGCUAAGGUUAACAGCAACACUCAGGAAGGAAAUCCCCAGCUGGCCUGCCAUCAGAAUUUUGGGGCUCCUUACACAGUUCAAGGCCUGGGCCCCAGGGUCUCUCUCCCGAGUCCCCCCACAGUUCCAACCGUGUCCGCCCACAAUGAUAUGUAAGGUGGAUGAAGUGGAUAUGUAAAGUGUGUGUGUGUAUAUAGUGGAUGCAGUGUGUGUAUUUGUAUUAGUUUGUGGUGUUGGAUAGGGGCUAUGGGGUGGUAAGAAGUUUUUCUUUUUUUUUUUAAUUUAUAAUAACACAGCUCAAGGCCUAGGUCUCCUCUUCCCGCCCCUCCCAGAUAUUCUAGAUUCCUUUAUUGCACAUUCUGUUUAAUUUAGAAUGUCUUAUCUCCUGCUCUGUUAAUAGCCUUCUGGACACUGCAGGAGCCUACUGUGCGUGAUUAAAGGUUAAUUUACAGAGCCGGUAACAAAAACUAAGUAACAAAAAGUAAGUGAUCAUCUGAUUGAAAAUUAAAUAAUUUUUUCAUGCAGGCUAAAUCACAAUUUGGGGAGGUGUGGUUAGAGCUGCAUAAACAGAAACAAAAGUGAUUUAACUCCUAAAUGGCAGAGAAUCGAGGAGGGAGACCACAUGGGGCAUGAUCUAUACACAAACUGCUUCAUUUAAUGUUACCAAUCAAAUUGCAUCUAAUUAGUUACCUCCUGCAGUGAUGUUGAAAAUGUGUUAUUCGCUAGAUGUCAGCUUUGCUUCUUUAUUUCCAAUAGGUACCAUAAUGACCCCAAAUUUUAUCACCAACUCAAGCAUGGCUUUGUCUCUUUGGUGUACUUGUGAAAGCAGUGGGAACCAGAAUGAUGACUGCAAGGCAAUCAACGGAAUGUUCGCGGGCAGCACGUGUCUCAGUAAGUCAUCACUCAUGUCUCACUAAUAGUUACUCAGGGUUCUGCCUUAAUAUGUUGUGUUAUACUUAGAAUUUAUUGAGCUGAACUGCCAGUGACUCAGGUCAGUAACAUAUUUAUAAGAUAUUUUUAAACUUUAUCUAAAUUUUCUGUAUUUUAUGGUGUAAUAAUAAUACAAAUACAAACCAAAGGCAUAGUGGAAAAGUAGAGUACAAAACCUCAAAGCCAUAACAGAGGGAGCAUAAUGCAAUCUACAAAACCCACAAUAGACAGCAAGCCACGGUGACCAUUCCCAAACAUCACAGAUAAAAUGAAGUUAGAGAGUAUAUUACCACUGCCUGACGGAUGUUCAUUGCUCACUCCAAGAGAACCUUUUCCAAUGUGAGUUUAUGAUCCCAGCUGAUAAGCAUGGGAAUCAUUACCAAGUAGCCAAUCAGGAGACAGAAGGUUCCAUCUUUGAUGCUGUGUUAUCAUUUGGCUGUGACCUGAUGAGAACAACUAUAUAAAUUGAUAAAAUUAUCAUUAUGUAGCAGGACAAAGUUUAUAGUUACACAUAGUACAGGUAGCAUUCUCUCUUGUUUCCUAAAAAUAUUAAAUCGGCUUAAUUUAAUUAUGGGAAUAAAGUUAAAUAAAUUGCUUGAAGGGUUAACACGUGAUAUUGGUAGGGUAUAAUUAGGAAUGAGCAGAACAUGUGUAAACUGGGGCAGGCCACAAGAAACUAGACACUCUUAAUGUUGAUAGGUAGGAUGGAUGGAUUUAGAUAAAGUAUUUGUUUAUUUCAGUUUGAUGUUAUCAUUCUUGUGAUUUAUAGCAAGCGCUGCGUAAAUUUAUUAACAGGAAUAAUUCCAUUUAUAUUGAUUGAUCAACUCAAGUUUGUUUUGCACUUUUUCUGUUUGCAAACUUUUUCUGGAGCACUAGGUAGGAAGAAACAUUAUCACAACAUUUUAUAGGUUACGUAUGCGAUACAACAGUGUACUAACCAAUCUCUAAGAAAUGUAGUAAGUGCUAACAUAACAAUUCUUAUUCCCUCAGGAAAUUUGAUCAAGUCUGAGUUUGGAGGGAAUAUUGAAUUGGAUACAACGUUGACAAUUUCCAGGAUUGAACAUACAGACGAUACAAAUUUCUCAGCCCUCUCUAGAACUAAUAAGGCACGUGGUAAAAUGAUUGCAAUAUUUACACUUCUACCUCUAUGACAUGGCUAUGUAACACUUUCUAUUAAACUAUAACUCUUUUGAUUCUCAGUCUUCAACCAUAUACUGGUUGAAGAUCAUGGAAGACAUAGCAAAAUGUCCAGUCUUGUUAGGUUGCUCAUAUCUGAGAUUAGGGAAUGGACCAAGUGAUGAAGGCUGUGCUAAAGGAGGUAAUAGGAGUUAAAGGCGGGUAUGAGAGAAAGAGUUUGGACCUGCUUAUGAAGAACAAAUACAGGAGUCAGGCAAGUGUAAUAGAGAAUGGAAAUUCUGCACUGAAAAUAUCGGACAAAUUUUGUCAGAAAAAAUAAAUAAAUUAAAAAAAAUUGACUAAUGGAUGAAAUUUGAUUUGGACAAAACAAUUUGUCGAUUAAAUUAAUUUGGACAAACUGAAAAUUUCCACAGUGCACAUGUCUGUCUACCUUACACUAACAGAGACAUUGGAAUAUGUCACGAAAUAUCCUUUUCUUUCUACCCAUUAAAAGCAUGCUGCUGAUGCUGUCCAGGAUGCCAAAGAAAGCAUAGAUGGAAAUAAACUCUUGCUGCACAUUCAGAUAUACAUUGCAGCCCCACCACACUACCUAAUAGAUGGAUGUGAAGCAAAGUUCUGUUCUACAGCACUCACUUGUCACAGUUUUCUUAAAUAACCUGGCAGAGGACUAUACUACUAAUCUUUUGUUUUAUAAUUGGUUCUUUACUUUGAAGAGCAGCUGUCUGUGGUAACCCCCCUCCCCCCUCCUCCCCCUCCCUGCCCGCACCCCCCCUCCCCCAUUCUUCACCAAUUGUAGAGAUCUGGGUACCCAUGAUUUGAAGCAGAGGAUACCCAAUGUUAUGAAUUCAGUGACUAUUGACUUUUGUAAGUACAUUCUUAUAUGCUAUUUUAGUAUAAAUGCUAAAUUUUAAUUUAGUCCUGGAGGCUCAGUGUCAUGAAUUAAUUGUAUGCAUUAUAUUUUGUCCCAUCCGAAAUAAAAUUCAUUGUAUUUCAUUAUUAUGUCCAAUUCUAUGUUUUUUACAGGUUAGUGAAAAGAAUCAGCUGCCAAAUAACUCAGAAAAUCAAGAGAAAGACAUUCCUAACCAACCCAGUGGUACGGGGACCAGCGUAUCAUUCUCAGCUUUGGCUUUAACACUCUUUAGUUCCGCAUCGCUCUGGAUCUUAGAUAUGGUGUUCUUCAUUUAAGCCAGAAAUAUAAAGUGCUUACCCUGAAAUGCCACUAUCACACACAAUUCAGAGAUUUGUGGUUUCAUCUGGUUUACAGGAAACUGUACAUUUAAUUCUAUAGGCCCACUGCACUGUACAUGUACAAAUGUAUCCCUAAGACUUGGAGAGACUGACUGCAAGGCCAAAGGGAAGAUCCACGGAUAUUCAGAAAAAUUGGACUAUGAUAUCAUACAUGGUUAAAUGUCGAUAUGGAUUUUUUCCUGAGCUUUUGGAAUAUGAGACUAUAUUUAUGUGCAGUGGGUUUGCAGACUGAACUCAAUAUACGGGAGUUAGGAUGUAGCUAUUGGUGAGUUACAUAAGAGAUAAACAGAUAUAUUUUGGAGCUAAAUGUGUCAUUCCAUUCAAUGGACUAAGGUCAUGGUGAGUUAAUAUGCCAAACAUCAGAAAAUGCUCACUUAUUUCUUCUUAGCCAAACUCGGAUGGCUGUUUGAUGCCAAAUUUGAAGACAGUAGUACAUCUAAUGUCUGCUGUAAAAGCACUGUUGCUAACAAGAUCAUGCUUUAACAUUGUAUCUGUUCAUAGCAACCAGAAAAAAAUAUGAUUAUUAUGCUUGUUGGAUAUUCUCAUUAAAGAAUAAACAAAAAAAAAACCUUUAAAAA